AUGUUCCUACUCACAUCUCAAAAAGACAUUAUCUAUCUAUCUAUCUAUCCAUCCAUAUAUCUAUCUAUCUAUCUAUCUCAGCCUGCUCAUUAUCUAUCUAUCUAUUUAUCUAUCUAUCUAUCUCAAUCUGUUCAUUAUAUAUCUUUCUCGGCCUUUUUUCAUUAUCUAUCUAUCUAUCUAUCUAUCUAUCUAUCUAUCUAUCUAUCUAGAUCUUUAAUAUCUAUCUAUCUAUCUAUCUAUCCAUCUAUCUAUCUAUCUCAGCCCUCUCAUUAUCUAUCUAUCUAUCUAUCUAUCUAUCUAUCUAUCUAUCCAUCUAUCUCAUCUGUCCAUUAUAUAUCUUUCUAUCUUUCUCUAAAUUUCAUUAUCUAUCUAUCUAUCUAUCUAUCUAUCAUUCGGAUAAAAAUAUCUAUCUAUCUAUUAUCUAUCUAUCUAUCUCAGUCUGUUCAUUAUAUAUCUUUCUCGGCCUUUUUUCAUUAUCUAUCUAUCUAUCAUCUAUCUAUAUAUCUAUCUAUCUCCUCUAUCUAUCUAUUCGGUCAUCUAUCUAUCUAUCUAUCUAAGUAUCAUUAUUUAUCUAUCUAUCUAUCUAUCUAUCUAUCUAUCUCAUCUGUUCAUUAUAUAUCUUUCUCUUUUUUCAUUAUUGUAUCUAUCUAUCUAUCAAUCUAUUUUCUAUCUAUCUAUCUAUCUAUCUAUCUAUCUAUCUAUUUUUUUAUCUAUCUAUCUCAAUCUGUUCAUUUAUCUCUUUUUCUGUUUUUCAUUAUAUCUAUCUAUAUCUAUCUAUCUAUCUAUCUAUCUAUCUUGAUCAUCUAUCAUCAUCUAUCUAUUAUCUUUCUAUCUAUCUCAUUCAUCUAUCUAUCUAUCUAUCUAUUUUCAUCUAUCUAUUCUAUUUAUCUCAAUCUUUUUAUUUUCUAUCUAUCUAUCUAUCUAUCUAUCUAUCAUCUAUCUAUCUAUCUAUCUAAUCUAUUCUUCAUUCUAUAUCCAUCUAUCUAUCUAUUCAUCUGUCCAUUAUAUAUCUUUAUAUCUAUUUUUCAUAUCUAUCUAUUAUCUAUCUUUCUAUCUAUCUUCUAUCUAUCUAUCUCUAUCUAUCUCAGCCUGCUUUAUCUAUCUAUCUAUUUAUCUAUCUAUCUCAAUCUAUUCAUUAUCUAUCUUUUCUCUAUUUUUUCAUAUCUAUCUAUCUAUCUAUCUAUCAUCUAUCUGUCUAUCUAUCUAUUUAUCUAUCUAUCUCAGCCUGUUUACUAUCUAUCUAUCUAUCUAUCUAUCUAUAUUUUGCUCCUUAAUAUGCCUUUUGAACCCGAUCGCUCGAUGACAGUCACUCGCAAACAAGAGUUCGCGUUCAUCGUGAUUGGCAUUGGCAUUUUAUUCGGCCAAUGGUUUGCCCUCUAG